CUGGGUUAUGAGCAAGUUAUAUGCCUGGGGUUACUACACUGGUGGAUGUGCUCAGGCAAUGGAGUGAUGCAGAGCGCACUGCGCAUGUGCGACUCAGAGCACUGUUUGAGACGGAAGACUGCGGAGUGUAUCGCGCCACAAGAAAAACUCAAGAAAAGUGCAGGGUCAGGUCAGAACAGAAGCAUGUCAGGGUUUCUGGACGGGAUCAGAUGUGGCGAUUGCGAGUGUAAUGUGGACUGGGGUGAGAAGAGAAACACCAUCGCCUCCAUCGCAGCCGGAGUUCUGUUUUUCACAGGCUGGUGGAUCAUCAUCGAUGCUGCGAUAAUGUACCCUAAAGAGGAACAGUUCCACCACGCAUAUCAUACCUGUGGGGUUAUAGCAACUAUAGCCUUCCUCAUGAUCAAUGCGGUGUCAAAUGGCCAGGUGAGGGGCGACAGCUACAGCGAGGGCUGCAUGGGACAGACAGGUGCCAGAGUUUGGCUCUUCAUCGGGUUCAUGUUGGCGUUCGGGUCUCUCAUCGCCUCUAUGUGGAUCCUGUUUGGUGGUUUUGUUGUGACUGACCACAAGGAUUUGUCAGUGUAUCCUGGUAUUGCGGUUUUCUUUCAAAAUGCUUUCAUCUUCUUUGGUGGUCUGGUGUUCAAGUUUGGCCGAACCGAGGACCUCUGGCAGUAAAGAUCCCUUUCCUUCAAUCAAAUCCCACAGUCCAUCAACACACAAACCCUCUGUACUUAUUGCUGCUUAUUUGCACUCUCUAUUUCUUUCCCUCCCCUUUUCAACUCCUCAGCUGACUCCCGUUCUUAAAUAUGUUCCUUCUUCCUUUCUUUGUCUCGUUUCCUGUGUGGCCACAGUGAGAGAAAUGCAAAUCAAAUUCGGUCUAUCAGAAACAUUAUUGAUUCACAAAAUAGUUACGUGUUUAUUGUGCAACGGCAGCAGGGAGUUUUUGAGACGAAUCUUCAAUAACCAAAAUGAGUGUGACUGGCUUUUCAGCCUCACUGUGUUUCUGUUUUUAAUGUUUCAUCAUUUAAAAAAAAAAAAAAAGUAUUUUCUUUUUUGCGAUAGCUACCGAAAUUGUAUCUUUCAGAAAACUUUCAUUUAUAAUCUUUUGAAAUUUUGUGCAAUGUGCAGAUUUGAGAACAUACUCCUGUCAUGCUCACGGCUCAAGCUUCAGUAAGCUGAUAUCACUACAGCAAGCGCUUUAUUUUACGGCUUACUUUUGUAAGAUUUUUUAUAUUGCUUUAUAUGGGUUCCCACGCUUUUCCCAGUCAUUCAGUUGUUUAAUUUGAAACUAUUAAACCGAUUGCACUGAGCACAAGCAGUUUUUUAUUGCUGAGCAUAACUAGAAAUAUGUAUAUUCAUUGUCAAUAUUUUUAUUUCUGUGCAACUAGUAAAACCAAACAGCCUAUUUCUUUGAGUUUUUCUUGACUGUGGGAAGCCUGGUUAUAUAUUUUGUAGGUUUUGUAGCUUUAGGUUCACUCUGUGUAUAUUUGGGUAUGUGGGAGAUGUAUAGAAAUGUUAAUGUUUUUAAAAAGCACAAUUUCUUAUAAUUUCAGUGGUUAUGGGAGAAUAAGAUGAGAUGCGAGUCAUAAUUUGACUCGUCUGUCAACUAACAAGUUAGAGAUUCUUCUGAUUUCUACAUGCUAAAAGAAUGUAACAUUUUAAUGUAAUCCAUGUCUCUCUUUCUGACAAAAAGUAGCUGAACUUCAUUCAACUGUGGGUUUAAAUGAAUAAAAUUAUUGUAAAUAUG